AUGCCUCCAUAUUUUGGGAAUCUCCAAGGCGCGAUCAGUGAGUAUACUCGACCAAGUACUCGCCACUUGGCGAACAACAUCUUAUGUCAUGUGCAUUACCAAUUGGAAGACAUUGAAAAUCGCUUCGGCAUUUCUCUAGGAUGCAAUGCUUUUGAAGAGCUCCAACGGUCUACAGGCCUUGCUGACGCUCAACUCGGCCAAAUUCCUUGCGGAACAGAGGCUUGGGAAGAAAUCUGUGACAGACUGCAAUGCAUAUUAUCCAACCUUCACCACUUACAGACGGCACUCCCAAUGUUAUGCGCCCUCAACCAUAGCGAGAGAUCACUUCGCCAGAGUAGGAUCUCGAAAGCCUUUGAGGGAACGUUCUCCUGGGUCUUUCAAGAACAAGCAGACGAUGCCAUCCAUGUUCAAUCUUUGUUGCGUCGCUGGCUUAUUUCAGAUCACAGCCUCUUCUGGGUCACAGGAAAACCAUGCUCGGGGAAAUCGACAUUGAUGAAAUUUGUUUCCGAACAUCAGGAUACCCGAAAUUUACUGCAGAAAUGGGCUGGGCAUAGGGAGCUGUUGAUCGUCAAUCACCACUUUGAUGCUACGGGUCUACCAAUCCAGAGAUCGUUUGAGGGACUCCUAAGGUCCCUCGUAUUUGGAAUUCUCAGUGCGAAGCCAAAUCUCUUGAAGAAUUCGCCGUCCAGCCUUGGCUCAGCAUCGAGCACCCUGCCGGCAACUUUCAAAUUAGGACACAUAUUAAGCUCCAUAACAAAGAACAAUGUUCCUGUUAACAUGUGUUUCUUUAUCGAUGGGCUGGAUGAAUAUGAGGGAGAUAAUGCUAAGUUGUGUCAACUGAUAGAAGAUCUAUCGUCUCUCCCCCAUGUCAAAGUCAUUGUCUCUAGCAGACCAUUGGCUGUGUUUGAUGAUUCACUCAAUAUCUCCUCCGAAGCCAAACUAUCUAUGGAAGAGGCCAAUCGAGGAGAUAUCAACAGAUAUAUCACAUUUCAGUUGGAGGGAAGCCAUCUGCAAAGCUAUAUGGACCGUUCGAACUAUAGGGAUCUUGAUGUCGAGUCCCUUGGUGCUCAAGCACAGGGGAACUUCCUCUGGGCUGUUUUGGUAACUCGCUUUCUCCUUGAGGAGCCGUCUCUUUUGCUUGAUGCCUACAACGGAGCAGAGAAUGUUGCAGACAUCCCCCACAACCUACCAAGCCUAGUCAAGAGUGUGACAAAAUCCUCGAACUUCCAGGCUUGUGGAAAAGCUGCUGAGUAUCUGACAAUCACUCGCGAAGCAAAACGAAGCCUAGCUGCCGAAAUUCUCUACUUUCACAACUUCGACUUUGGCAAUGACAUGUACGCUUUUGUGACACCAACGGACCUUUUGUCGCCCCACGACGAGAAAACAAAACAACUGCAUCACCAGGUUCAUCGCGACAUCAUACAGACAUGUAGAGGACUGCUGGAAGUUGUCGAUGGACAAGUUGCCUUCGUGCAUCGAGCUGUUUUGGAAUUGAUGCAUUCUGAAGAGUUUCAUAACUACUUACUCACCAAAGUUCGGAAAGGGUUCGAUUCCGAUCUCUCAGUCUUCAAAGCGUCAGUUUCUUGGCUCAAGCGCAAAUCUUUCAGGAGCGGCGAAUUCAUCGACUUACAGCCUGAGCCGGCAGCGGUCAGUCUAGCGUAUGUGAAGAGCCUUUCGAAAUUCCAUAAGAAAUUAGCAAGUACCUUGCCGGAUUUUCAAGAUACAUUCAAUCAACCAGUCGACGUUUACUGGAUGACAAAGGUUGUCAACAUCCGAGGAGGCUUUCGCAACGUGUGCAAGCACGAAAUAUGGUUGGAUGUUGUCAAAGACUUGGGUUAUAGCGACGAUACUGCAAUAUCAGUUUCAGACUCACUCAAGAAGCUGUAUGAGCGAUGGCUUCAUCCAUACGAAGAGCAUCUGCACCAAAAGAAGCUAGAAGAACACGAUCCCAUGAAAGAUAUUGAAGACCUUGUUCAGAGCUUGAGGAAGUGUCUUGAAUAUGCACGACGUUGCGACCAAAAAGAAAACACCGUUGCCACAACCUGGGCACUACUUGACAACAUAGAAGAAUCUCUGUUGUCCAUGACUGCGAGGAAUCAAUUCAACAUAUCAGAUAUAUCUAUGACAAGGGGCAUUUACCGUCAUCUUGUGAUUGAAUCUGGUAUUCAGAGAUACAUUGCGAACAAACUCUGGGUUGACCCAGGAUAUUGUGACAACAAAUAUUCACAGAACUACCGAUCACCUCUUUGUUCUGCGCUUGGUGCAGCAUCACAUAACCUUCAUCCUGCGCAUCUAAGCCCAGAGUCUAUUGACAUGUCUCUAUUCAAAUCACUUCUUGCUCUUGGUCAUAAGCCAAAUAAGUUUCACCUUACAGGGGAGACACCCUGGGUAACUUUUGUAAAUACCCACGUUCCUGACACGUUAUGCAAUUCAUUCCCGAGGCUUGGCCAGGAGAUCAUGUUGAACUUCUGGACAAGAAAUCGAGGACGUGGAAAGUUCCAGUUUGGUUCAAGUUUCUCAUGCUGGCUCAUUGGGUACCGACUUUUGAACAUGCCAAUGUUCGAACGUGUUUUCAGUAUGAUGUUGGAGAGGGCCCCUCAUAUCCCAGAUUCAAGAGCUUUACUGGAACUCAAAUCUGAUGGCGAAACAUAUGAAUGGAUUCCUUUUCCGUUAUGGGCAAUCAGUGCUGACAAUUUUGCCCUACCUAACGUGUCAGAUUCUAGCCUAUCUGAUGCUGAUUUUGUAUUCAGGGUGUUUGCAGGAGUCUGUGAAAAGAAUCUGGAUAACCUGGAAAUGUCUGAAAGGUCUCGAAAAUACCUUUCGAGUUACUUCCUUCCAGACUACCCGGAGCUUGGCAGACAAAUCCUGAUGCUCAUUCCCGGAAGCGACUCUAGGACGAUAGGUUUCACAACAAUCACCUCAGCCACGCGGGACAGAAACACAGAUAGCAUUAGUGGUCGAAAUUCUACGGUUGCGACGUCAAUUGAGCUUCCAGAAGGUAUAGAGGUUGAAUCUACUAAAGAAGGUGCAGUGUGCAAUAGUACGAGAGCAGAGGUGGAUGCCAUAAUGGACGAAGUUGGCUCGAUUCAGUCAAUCGAAGAAGACAUCCAGUCACACAACAGCAGCAUUGCGCGAACUCCAGUUAUCAUCGCCGCUGAGCGUCAAAUUGGUGAUUUGCUUUCCCGGCAUCCGGAUCUCCGUUUUAUCAUUGAUAUAUCCUCAGAACUCAUGCCAAAGGAAAGGCUCGAGCGCAAUGUGCGGAGAUCACUGAAGCAUUUGUACCUGAAACUCAGAGAAUACACGGAAAAGAACAUCGAAACCCAGGUUCUGACGACUCGAAUGCUUAAAGGGCGACGUUCAAGGACUAGAAUCUCAAAAAGAGCUGUCGAUGGCGGGUUAGCAACAUCAACUCCAAGGAAUAGCAAUGAAGAAGACGAAGAAAUCAGGCCAAGUUUCCGGAAGGAUCGAGCUUAUCUCAACAACUGGAUAUUGAAAACGGAACUGUCUGCGAGACCAGAUGAGAAGCCUCAGCAGCCAGCAGAUGAGACUAGUGACACCAAACUUACAGAAGAUAAUGACGACGUGUACGAUGAAAUAGAAAGCGAUUCCGGAGAUUUCCAAGCAGUUCAAAUCGCAGAAGAAUUCCUCCUGAAGGGUCCUCCUUUCCGGGCGUUCUUGGGGCACCUUGGACUCUCUUUGUUACCUGAUACUCUCAGACAGGUCAUGCAAUUAGCUGCUUGGGAUACCAUUGAAAUGAUCGACACCCCGGCUGAAGUCUCAAUUUCUGAUCAAAUCAAGCUUGCUGCGGAAAAGGCGACCGGCAGCCCCUGGGAUUGGUGGCCACUCAAACCGCCAGAAGUACCUUUGCCAAGGGGCUACGUACGAAUGAACUGGGCCUGUCAUUGCGGCAAGCCGCUUUCGAUAGACAUUACUCCCUCUCAAGCACAAGUCAUUGAGAGAAUGACCAAGAACCAUACCGCGUUCGCUGAGGACCAUCACAAAGUCGCCCAUACCAGGCGAAAUAUCUUCCAAGGGUUCACAGCGUGGUUCAAAUGGAACUCCGGAGCCCUUUUACCUGUCUCGACGCCAGUAUCCCAAGGUAGUCAACAACCGCCUGGUGUGGGGGGCAACAACCGAAUCCAGCAGGGGGCGACUACUACAGAGCAGAACAACAUCCCGCCUGUGGCUAUUCAUGAUCUGAGGAUCUUGUUUGGAGUACCCAUGGGGCUUAAGACGCUACAUGUGAUCCCAAUCCCGGUCCAUCAACCAGAUAGCAACGUUUUCACACAGUUGAAGGCCGAGUAUUUAAAAACGCGAGGCCGAUGGAGAGCUUGGUUCUCUUUCUGGCAGCUCAGUCACUGCAAUUUCGUUAAGUUCGAGAGCAUUACCCGCAACAUUGUUGUCGCAUGUGGUCAAGAUCUGCCAAAGGCUAGCGACUUAGACUACGAUUAUGCACCAAAGCCUCCUCAAGCAUCAAUACCACCUGUUCAUCCACAUAUCUUUGAAGCUGCAUUCAACAGCUGCACUGGCGGUAAAUGCCGAAACCUCUCUCCUUUUCACGACUGCUACGAGUUUGAAGAAACGACUUACAUAAAGAGAAUUCCAAAGAAAAAGACGCCACUUUCACCUGGAACGAUUGAUAUCCCCAUCUGGGGUCUCGAAGCCCGACAUUGCAUCUCGUGCUUUCAUGUUAUUAUAUAUCACUUGCUUAUUCUCAUUCCUCCUUUUGUAUUGUGGGGAUGGUGGAUGAGUAGACAUCCCGAUGACAUACAAAGCGCAUCUGUUCCCAUGACUAUUGUUUUGGCAAUGAUUUCCAUGUUUUGGAGUGCUACGGGAAUUAUGAAGCAAUUUCGUGGCGAGUCAUAG